AAUAACUUAAUAUUAUUUACAGGUGACACAAUAAAACGAGUGGAGGAUGAGCAUGUACGAAUAGUGCAAUCCAUUAUGGAUAAAUGCAUGAGAAAGGAUUCUCUAUUGAAUGAACUUUAUCUUCAACUUAUUAAGCAAACUACGGAUCACCCUGAUGCUAACUCGAGGGUAAACCUGCGAAAUUGGGCUUUAUUGUCUGUUGCAUGCAGUGUUAUAUUGCCAUCCACAAAGGUUGUUCGAAAAUACCUGAUGGCACACUUAAAAAGGUGUUCUAGCGAUUUUAUAUCUGAGGAAGGAAAGUAUGCCAGAUUUGCAGAAAAAUGUUUCCUAAGAACUCAAGGAACUAGACGUCGACAAUGGACUCCGAGCUGUGAAGAGAUAUUGUGUACGACAAAUCGAAGGCCAUGCUAUUCAAAAGUCUAUUUUAUGGAUGGACAAUAUUAUUCUUUUGAGUUCCAUCCCAGCUCAACGGCCAAUGAUGUUAUUCAAAUAAUUAAAAAAACAAUUGGCCUACAGGAAAAUUCUUUAGGAUAUGCAUUGUAUGAAAUGUUCGGGAAUUCUGAAAGAAGUUUAUCAAGUGAAGAGAAGGUUUGUGAUGUAAUGGCAAAAUGGGAGCGGUAUCGCAGUGUACCUAAAAAGGAUUAUCAUCCUUUGGUAAGUGACCUUAAUUUUCUACCAUUAAG